AGAGUUUGGGAAGCAAUUUCAAAAGUACACAUAGUUGUGGGGGUUUCCAUUCUCCCGUUCCGUUGAUUAGUGCUUCCCCGCCCUUUUCUUUCUCCCGUUGCGAAUUGUGCGACGCAUGGAUCGAUCCGUUUUCUUUUGAAAAAAAAAUAAAAACCCUAGAAACCCUCGAAAACCCUCCCUCGCCAUUAACAAACCCCUCCUUCUUCCUCCUCCUCCUCCUCCUCCUCCUCCUCCUCCCUCGCCUCUUCUAGGGUUUCUCUUUCUCUUCCUCUUCAAUGGAAGGAGGAGGAGGAGAUCGGAGAGAGUACCGUGCCCUAGAGUGUCGAAGCUUCUGGAAAGCGGGCUCCUACGAAGUCCCCUCCUCCGCUCCUUCUCAUGCCCUUUUCGAUGGGUUGGAAACAUCUGAUCUUGACCGAGCUCGUGUGCAUCCGAAGUUUCUUCACACCAAUGCGACCUCGCAUAAAUGGGCUUUUGGAGCUAUAGCUGAACUUCUGGACAAUGCUGUUGAUGAGAUCUGCAAUGGUGCAACAUACGUGAAGGUGGAUAAGACUACCAAUAUGAAAGAUAAUAGCCCUAUGUUGCUUUUUCAAGAUGAUGGAGGGGGGAUGGACCCUGAAGGUAUACGGCGAUGCAUGAGUUUAGGCUUCUCAUCCAAGAGGUCAAAAUCAACGAUUGGUCAAUAUGGCAAUGGCUUUAAGACAAGUACUAUGAGAUUAGGUGCUGAUGUGAUUGUUUUCUCUCGUGCAAGCCGUGAAAGCCAUGAAACAAUGAGUAUUGGCUUGCUAUCAUAUACAUUUUUGAGAAGGAUGAUGAAAGAUGAUAUAAUUGUCCCUAUGCUUGAUUACCAAAUUCAAGGAGGCCACAUUUUACCUUUAGUCUACAGUUCACAAGAUGAUUGGGAUAGUAGCUUGAAAACAAUCCUUGAUUGGUCUCCCUUUUCUUCAAAGGAGGAACUUUUGCUUCAGUUUGAGGAUGUUGGUUCUCAUGGAACAAAAGUAUUCAUAUACAAUUUAUGGAUGAAUGAUGAUGGCCUCCUGGAACUGGACUUUGAUGACGAUGAUGAGGAUAUAUUACUCAGAGAUGAAACCGGCACUGGAGGCUUUUCAAGGUUCCACAGAGAAAUUGUGCAACAUCAUAUUUCACACAAACUAAGAUCUUCAUUACGUGCAUAUGCCUCCAUUCUUUACCUGAGAAAGUUCAAGAAUUUCGAGAUUAUAUUAAGAGGAAAACCUGUUGAGCAAGUACACAUCACUGAGGAGAUGAAAUUUAAAAAAGUUGUGACUUACAAACCUCAAGUUGGGGUUGGCUUGGAAGCUGUCUCAGUUCGUACAACAAUUGGCUUUGCAAAGGAGGCACCAGUUUUGGGCAUCUUUGGCAUUAAUGUUUAUCACAAGAACCGCCUUAUCAUGCCCUUCUGGAAGGUCCUCCAGGACGGUUCUAGCAGAGGGAGGAGUGUUGUUGGAGUUCUUGAGGCAAACUUUAUUGAGCCUGCUCAUGACAAGCAGGAUUUUGAAAGGACGCCGUUGUUUAUCCGACUAGAAACAAAGCUUAGGCAAAUAAUUAUAGAUUACUGGAACAAUCAUUGUCACUUAAUUGGCUACCAGCCGAUCAAAAGAAAAGCAGACAUGGCUAGUAAGCAGAAGGGCUCUGAUAAAAGUUCAAAUGGACAGGUGCAAAACAUGCAACAGAAAAUGAAUAGGUCACACAAAACAUUACAUGAGGAACCAGUGAUUGAACUUGCAAAUAAGCCACAGAAGAAAUUACAUAAGGAGCCGGUUGUUGGACUUGCAGCUAAUAUUCAGGAUCAGCCAUCUCAGCAUGUUAUUGGACUCGGUACUACUGAUGGUUCUGCUGCACUACCUAUAACCCUAUGUGAGGAGGAAGAUUCCCCUAUGGAGCCAUCUGCUUCAGGAGAGGAAUUAGAAGAAUUUGGAUCCUUUGAUUCAAUGGAUUCCAACUUGAUUGAGAAACUGAGCGAAGAAAACAUUCAACUGUUCACAAGGCGUGAAGAACUUCGGCUCAGGGAUGGACAGUUAAGGCAGACGAUUGAGGAACUGCAGCACGAAUUGGAGGAAAUGAAAGGGAAAUGCGCUCAGGUUGCUUCUCAGCUGGAACUUCGAAAGAAAAAUCAGCGGGUAACUUGAGUAAGGAAGCUCUCCGCCAAUGCAUCGUGUACAUGUGCACCACUUGGAUACUUUCAAACAACAGUAGGAGCAGCUUUAUUUGCUCUUUUUUUGGUGAAUCCCAUUGUUUAUAGAGCUAAUUGUUCUCUUAUUUUGUUUUUAUCUGCUAAUGAUCUCUAGGACUCGUAAAUUAUGCUGCUAAUCUCACUAUUAGUGCCUGAAUUUAGCUGAUCCAGUUAGCAAGCUUAGUAGUGUGGUUAGUGGA